GAAGGGAGACCACGUGACUGCCUCCUCGAGUAGUAGGACGUCCCUGCUGUCUUGCUGAGUACUUUUUUUUUAACAAACAAGUCUCAGAUAAGACGACAAGAAGGAGGACCCUCAGGUGGGCAGUGGCUCCUAAAACCCUUUAACGUGACUCUGUUUUCACGGAGCUGUCAGAAAACACAUUUCAUUCCUCCGACCGGAUAACCUGUGAGGACUUUGCGGACGAAACGUCUCGAUACUUUCAGAUAUUCACGCGGAUGGGACAUGACGAUGGAGUCUCCAUCAACACCAUCAGCAGGACCAGCUACGGCAGAGCUUUCACGCCUGGGGGGCAUUGAGGACUUGACAUUAAAGGUGGGGCCGACACAGAGGAACCUCUUCGGGCCCGUGGACCACCAGCAGCUGCAGCAGGACUUCCAGCGGCUGAUCAGAGUUAACUUGGAGGUGGCAAACAAGCGCUGGAACUUUAAUUUCCAGAGUGAUGUGCCAGGAGAGGACUCCGACAUCCAGUGGGAGUCGCUCAGGUACCAGGACGUGCCGGCGUUUUACCACAGCUGCACGGUUCGGCCGGCGCCGCGUCUAGUGGGAAGACGGAUAUCGUCUUCGUCAAGCGAGGCGUCCCCAGGGUCCAGCAGCUCGUCAGGAUGGGGGGACGAGUAUCUGGAGUUCUCAACAAGGGAGUCCUACCGGAUCCAGAGGCAAAGGAAAAGCAGACAGUCUACCAUCACAGAUUUCUUCAAAGUGAAGAAGACGAAGUUCCUGCAUUACAAAGGUUCUUCUCGGCAGUAGAAAAAGCACACACCGAACACAUGGACGAUCACCUAGUGGUCGACAUCCGUCUACACGUCACCUCACCUUGAUAUGUGUCAUAUCAUAUGUAUAUUUAUGUAGCAAUUUGUAACUGACUGUUCACAAGCUCAUUCAGCGUGGGCUUUAAAACUCCUCCGACACCAUAUACCUUAGAUUUCAGCAGAAGGAAGCUACCAUUUUUCUACUUCAUCAAGCUCAGAUGGUUUUAUAGAUACUUAUACAUCUUCUAUAUAUUCUGUAUACUGUUUUUCUCAGCUUUUGACUAUACUGUGAAACUACUUUGAAUGCACUCUUCAUAACAUAACACACGCUUUAGAUUUCUGACCUCAGUCCUUGACCUUUUUCUCACUUUUGCUUAAAGUCACAAGAGGUUUUGAUUAGCCGGGACACUAUUCCUGGCCUCGCACCACACUUAGCCUUUCAGUCUCACCCCGGGGCUCCGAUAGCACGAGGGGUCAAAACCUCACCAAGGGCUCAACAUUCGGCAGCGCGACUGUGAUUAGCUUCAGGGUAAAGGUCAGCAGUGGAGGUUUAGCUAUGAGCUAAUGCGGCUGUAGCUGUACAACGGUGACUUAAAUUCUAAUGUGACUAUUUAUUUAUUAUUCACAAUUGUAAAUUGUAAAAAAAACCAACCUUACAAACAAAUAAAUGAGAUUAGAUUAGGUCCAAAAACAUACCUGUAUCUUUUUCCAGCUUUAUGCGUGUAAUAAUGUAGCAUUUUCUCAGUGUGUCGCAGCUCAGAGGAACCAAACCUUUAGGUUAUUGUCUAUAUGAAGAGUCGAGCUGCUUCACUUUUCUGUCUCUGUUCCGUUACCUGUUUGUGUGUGUACGCAUUGAUCUACUUGUGUAUGAGUGUUUCGGUUUGGUGUACAUCUUGAGGCUUUUUCAAGGGCUGUGGCAGCUGAGGCGGAUAAAACCAAAGAGAAACUGCUGUGCCAUUAAAUUAGAAACAUUUAUACAGGUCACUCACUGUCUGAGUGAUCAGUCAUAGAGGGUCUCAAACAUGUCAGGGCUUCUAAUCAGAUGUUGUUUCUACAGUCGUUUAAAUUUGUUUAUGGAAAACAAGCCUUAAUCUGGAUUAAUCCAUCCUGUCUACCUCAUGAAGUGAUUCAGUGAAACAAACAAAAGUCAUUUAAAUAGAAAUAAAACCAAUGCAGCUCGGGUUGUUUUCGUCUGCAGGCGAAAGAGAGACAGAAACAGGGGGGGGGGGGGGGGGGGGGGGGGGACUAUUAUUUUGUUGUGGUAGAAGCUGUUGAGGCUCAGUGCUCAGUGUCGAGUUUCACAUCAUGUAAAGGAGUCAGUGUGUCAGAGAGGGGCCCCGCUCCGAGCUGAGGAAACUUGGGUCCCUCAGGAGGAGUGGGGGGGAAAGGCGGCUAUUGUUGUCUCUCCCUUCCUUUGCCUUACUUUGCUCCCACAUAAAUAAAGCAGAGAGGACUAUUUAAGGGGGUGGGAAAGGGACAUGUUUUAAUAAGGGAACCUUCACCAGAAAAGUCUUUCAGACCCCUUCAUGGAUCAAAGGAUUUCAACCAGCCAGACAAGUGGCCGCGACUCAGACACGCUUUUGUUUAUCUCAGUCCGUCUGUCAGGAAUCAACCCCCCCCCCCCCAGUCUGCGGAAAACUGUAGUGAGAGCAGUUGUUCAUAACCAUGUUAUUCAGUCAAGGCGCCGUUUCACAGAUCUAAAAAUAGCAAACAUGGCUUUUUUUCAAAUCAUUUUCAGGAUUUUUUUGUCAAUUUAUCUGUGUGUGUGUGUAUGUGAGACAAUGUGUGUGUGUGUGUGUGAGACAAUGUGUGUGCACCAGACGAAACUUUUAAAAUCUAUAUUAACUUAUUUGUCUCAUUUUGUUAUGUAGGGAAAUAAUUGAAAUUCCCUCUCCCUGCUUGUGGUAUAACUAACUAAUUGUGUUACUUCCGAACCUAUAUAUAUUUGCACUACUUUAAAACGUUGUUGACAAGAUUUCUUUUAAAGGUAAUUUUAAAAAAGGAAAACAUACGGAGAACAGGUUUUGACAUGUACAACAGUUUUUAACAUUUGUUCAUGAGAACGUUUCUUAAGUGUGUUUGGUGGAAAAACUCAAUUCAAAGCUCAUUUGUGUUAAGAUUGAUCUCAUUGUGCCUAAGCAAACUUCCCUUUUCAAAAUCAUGUGACGCAGCUAUAUCGAAGUGUAGCCUUAUUUGUUUUUGUUUAUGCAUGAAUGUGUGAUAAUCUUUGUACAACUUUGGUAAUCAUUUUAUUGUAAUUUAAUGCUGGUUUAUGUUACCUUUUCAACAAGUGUAUUUGUGUAGGAUCAUAUCCUUUUUGAUAAUAAUUGUAAAGAAAAUAUAUUGCUGGGUUGUUGGUGCUUUGAUGCCUUUAAAAUGUGUGGAUUUCAUAAAGUGUGCUCUAAAUAAUAAAAUGAAUGAAUGAUAUAAACUACAAAA